UGAAAAAAUAGUGUUUUUCUUCCUUGUCGAUAGAACACGGUGGUAGCAUUUCGGAAUAGGAAAAUGGAAGGUGAAUCCCGGUAUCUGCGAUUCCAGACAAAUUUCCAAACCUUCAACUGCAUGCUGUUUUGAAUGUAAUUUAUGACUCUGUGAGGAAUGCAAAGAACAUCAUAGCCUGUACAAAGCUUCAAAAUAUCAUGGAAUUAUACCUGUAAUCGAAUUUCAAAAGUAACCUGUAAGUGUCCUUCAAAUUGAAGAUUUCUGCAAAUCACACGGUGAAUGAUACCAAGCUUACUGUCAUAAACACAAGUGUUCUUGUUGUUCAAAGUGUCUCAUAGGUGGCCAUAAGAGCUGCAAAGAUUUUACAGAUAUAUACGACGUUGUCUGCAGAAUAAAGUCGUCCAACAUGAUGUUGGAAAUCGAAAAUUCCAUGCGAGAAGUUAUUGAUAAUUUACAAAGAAUCCAAAAGAAUCGCGAAGGAAAUCUAUUAUCUUUAAAACUACACAGACAGACGAUUGAAACGGAAAUUCAGAGUGCUAGACAUACAGUAAAUAACCACUUCGAUCGUCUUGAAAGAACAUUAUUAGAAGAACUUCAUAUAAUUGAAAAUUAUGAAAGAAAGAAAAUCAACAAAAUUUUGGCUUCUGUAGAGCUGAAAAUAAAGGAGAUAGAUGAACUUCAAAAAAGCCUCGCAGUAACAAAGCAGCAUGCAUCCGACCUGCAAACGUAUCUUAUCAGCAAGCAGAUUGAAAAUGAGCUGAUGGAAUCAGAAAGCCUCAUACAGUCCAUACAAAACAACAAUGACCUUUCAGAGGUCAUCAUCUCUUUUCAACCCAAUGAUAUGAUGAAAAAUCUUGAAAAUAUUAGUAAAUUUUGGAAAAUUGUUGUUCAGGCCAGUCAAAGUAAUAUUUCAUUAGUGAGGAAGAAAAACAAACAGACACAUACCAAAGCUGAUAUUGGUACCAUGGGCUAUCCUGAUCAUCAGUACGAAACGAUAAAAACUGAAGGAGAUUCUUGUUUCCUUGUCACUGUGAAACCAGCGAAUGAUGCCUUGAAGUUUGGAUUAAAUGGGCAAUACAGACUGUGCAUUACAACAAGUGGUUUUAUAUUAGAAGACAUUCAGAAAAAGACCCCAAAAUGCUGUUGGUCAUUCAAUAUAGUACGAAAAUUUGGAAAAAGAGGAAUCGAAAAAGAAUUUGAAAUCACUGUAGGGAGAAGGAAUGUUUUAGGUGAAGGUACUGUCGUGUUGUUAUGUAGUUCAAAGGAUGAACCAUAUCAAAUAUCUUGCAUUGCAGAAAACAUUAUGAAAAGGAUGAAAUCAAAGGUUAAACAUUGAAUUUCGAGGAGAAGAAGUAAAAUUUAAAACAAAAUUAUGUCUUUUGGGAUGAUUACUGCUCUUGCUUUGCCAUUUUGUCAGACAUUCGGAAUCCUCCGGUGUUAUCCAUGUAGUGCCAAUAAAUUAUUUGCACGUU